AUGGCAGGAGACAGAGAGGGGAUCAGGUCAGCCAAGAAGGAGCUGAGAAGGGAGCUUUCGAUCCACACCAACCAGCAUCUGCUGCUUGUGAAGAAGCUCUCAUCGAUGCGGGUGGACCACGACAUGGAGGCCUGGAUUGGAGGCUACCUCUCAGGCAGGCCACAGUACGUGCGGCUGCAGAGCGGCCAGUCAGAUGUGGUGAUGAGUAACACCAGCGCACCCCAAGGAACAGUACUUUCACCUUUUCUCUUCACCAUCGACACCUCUGACUUCAGCUUCAACUCUGGAACAUCCGACGGAGCAGGAAACCCCCCACUCGUAUCCUUGGAGUGGAUAGGAGUUCCUUGGACCAGCACACUGUUCUUUGCUGGGGCGUGCUGGGGAGGUGGCAUCAAGGCUGGGGAGUCCAACAGACUCAACAAGCUGGUGAAGAAGGCCAGCUCUGUUGUGGGGCUAGAACUGGACAGUCUGGAGGUAGUGGUGGAGAAGAGGAUGAGGGACAAAUUCAAAUCCAUCUUGGGAGGCCUUUUAACUUCACCAGAACAAGCUGAAGACAGACUGGCUGGAGGAGCGUGUGGAGACACACGUUUGGCCAGUCUCGUGCUAGAACAUUACGUGGACGGCUCGUCGCGGGAUUUGAUCCAACGACUCAGCACGCAGGUAGAGGUGCGAACCCAAUUUAUCAGCAAAGAGGAAGAAUGUGCUCUUUUUCAAGAACUCGAACCUGGGUUGAAAAGGAAACGUUACCAAUUUGACCACUGGGAUGAUGCUAUUCACGGGUACAGAGAGACCGAGCGUGGAACAUGGGGGUCGGUGUGUGAGGGUGUCUUAAGGCGUGUCAAAUCUGUAGCUUUCCCUGAGGGCAGUCCACUUCUUGGCCCCGUUCAUGUCCUAGAUCUGGACAAGGCUGGCUUCAUCAAACCACACAUCGACAGCAUCAAGUUCUGUGGCAGUACAAUUGCAGGGCUCAGUCUCCUAUCAGACAGUGUGAUGCGCUUGGUAAAGGAAGACGACGCUCACCAAUGGCUGGAUCUCUUUCUGCCACGAUACUCCCUCUACAUAUUGAGGGACACGGCCCGGUAUGGCUUCACCCAUGAGAUCCUGAAGGACGAGCAGUCAGUGUUUCGUGGAAGCAGAGUCCCCCGGGAGCGACGCAUCUCAGUCAUUUGUCGAAAUCUUCCCACGGAGAAGCAGGAGACCUGCCGAUGAUGGCCAAUAAAGAUGUUCUAAAUGAUUACAUCCCUGUGUGAAUUAACUACUCUUGAAAAUCCGUGGCAGGGUAACUGGUAAUAACAGGAAACAAUCAUGGAUGUAUUAAUCAGAUAUGGAGAGGAGUGGAAUAAGUUAUAUUAACAUUUCAAAAUGGUGGUAGCUAAAGUUAUACUGCAUAAAAGGGAUGGAAGAUUAUAUAGAAUGUUACACUAAAACGUCAGUAGCUGGGGAAAGUAGGGUGACUUUAGAUACGAGUGGGGCUUUAGGCCAUAGGGUGGCUAGUCGAUGAAGCAUGGCCAUUAGAAUCCAGUCAUUCGCAUACUCUGAGGCUGUGUAACUUAUCUGGCCAGAAAUAGCCAGUAUUUAUGUUGGCACAAAACGGGUCUUAAAUCUAU